UUUACAGUGAUAAGAAGCUCUUCGAGGUUCGAGUAAAAAUUCUUGUAUUUAGUAAUAUUUAAUGACAGGGAAUUGAGACAAGAGUAAACGAAAUUUCUCUGUUUGGAAGUUCCGGAAUUUUCCCUGUAAAAUACUGUUUGAAAGACCAGCUAAAACUGAUACAUAUUUCACUCGUUGAAUACAUUAGUCGACACCAUUAUCACAUACACGAACCAUCCAUUAGAAACUCAUACCCCCCAUAGUAAUCAAAAAGCCGAGUGCUCCCUGACCGUGAAAGAGAAGACAUCGUCAAUAAUUUUGCAGCAGUCGUAAAUCCACCACCGAUGUCAUAAUUGCUGAGUAGGUAACGCUGUAAGUGAUUAAUUUAUCUCAAAGUCGUGCUACUAAAGCCAUUACACCUGUUGUUCCUAGAUUUACAGGAUUCGAACAUCCAUUAAGAUAAAAAGCAUCAAUAAUGGAGCGAAUCCGUGAAUCGUGAAGCAUUACAUCAUUGACAUUGAUUAAUUUUUUAUUCAUCCGAGAUCGAUGUACUCCCACUCGACUAUUUUGAAUAUCGAGUCCCGAGGUGGCAACGACCUUACGAAAAUGACGAGUGAGCUGUACCGUCGCGAUCCACCGACUCCCAGAGCGACGAUUGAACUCAUUAGGCAAUGGGUUGGCCAACAGUGGCCUUGUUGGGUCUAACGACCCUGACGCUGGUCACAUCGUAUCGCAUGCCAGACCACGAUCUUCUACCACCAGUCGAGAGGCCCAUUUCACAUUCUAAUGGUGAUACCCUUCGCCGUAUAUCUGCGCAGAGUCAGCCAGACGUUAUUUCUGACAAUCGGCCUAAUCUUGAAUUCGAGUCCUCCCAUCAUGUACCCCUCCGCGAUGCUGUGGAGUUCAAUCCCCACGUUGGUCACUUCACUAGUGAACGACUGCAAGAGAUACCGGAGGACAUUCCAUGGAGAUUCGCCUCCAAAACUCCCCUGAGAGAAGCUGUAGAGCGUCGUCCACCGCCUCCCCUGGGGAAUCGAAUAGUUAACCACGAAGCUAUUUGGCUAGAACAAUUGCUCCUCCCUGCAGUUCGUCGUAAUGAAGGCCCUAACAGUGUUGUCUGCCACUUGGACUCCAGUGCAGUUUAUAGGAAAGACCCGUUCUCGUUGAUGCCUCAUGGGAUUCCCAGUAGAAAAUGCUCGCACGUUGUUUACAAUUCCGCGACAAUAGAUCCUGCGAAGCUCAUCAUCAUCCCCCAGGACCCGGACUACGACGAGAUCAAAGGCGGUUAUAAAGCAGCCGUCGGUCUGCGCUUCAAAGAUCCUUCCGUUCGCGUAUUGAUUUCAAUAGUCUCCCCUGACGCCGGGAAGCUCUACACAGACAUAGCGAGUGACUCCCGGUUGACCAAGCAGUUCCUCCAGUCUCUGCUUGCUUUUCUCCAGCAUCACCAGUUCGAUGGGGUUGAAAUAAACUGGGCGCACGCACCCAAUAAUCGUCUCAAGUCCUUCCUCCGAGCUCUCCACAGGCCUUUGACGUCCCAAGGGUACAUCCUCGCUCUCACAGUGAGACCGGAAGACGAGGUAGAUCCGGAAGUUGCUGAUCAGACAGACCUCCUGUUCUUCCAAGCAUGGAAACACACUCCGCAGAAAUCAGCGCGUCAUCCGGCUCCACUUUCUUUCGUGACGCACUUCGUUGGAAGCUGGUUAAAACGUGGAACCAAUCCUAGAAAAAUUAUCCUGGGAAUCCCCACGUUCGGGAGGAGUUAUACACUGAGAUACAAAAAUGAUACGAAUGCUGGAGCUCCUGUGAUUGGACCAGGUAUUCCCGGUCGCCAUACGAAUCUUCCAGGUGUCUGGUCUUACUACGAAGCAUGUUCCAUGAUCGAGGAACAAUGGUACGCAGGGAGAGACACCGAAGGGUCCUACCUGAAGCGCGGGGACCAGUGGGUGGGCUACGAAGAUCCAAUAUCAGUAAAACUGAAGACAGCCUACAUCAAGCAAAUGGGUCUGGGUGGAGUGGAUCUCUCCUCCCUAGAUCUAGAUGACUUCGUGGGACUCUGCGGGGAGAGCUGGCCGAUGCUGAUAACCGCCACCACGAGCCUGGGUAUCUACGACAUCCCCAUCGGUAAAUGCAGUGAGGAUAAGGUGACGAGUGAUCCUGAUAACUGCUCGGGCUUCCUAAUCUGCGAUAAAAACAACCUCUACAAGGGUUCCUGUGGAAUGGAACGUUUCUUCGAUGCCAUCACCAGCAAAUGUAUCAAAGCAGAUCCUGCCAUAUGCAAUCCUGGAUAUGUCCAGAGCUUUGCUGGGGGACAUCGUUACCUGGCGAACCUGAAGGAGAAGCAGCAGAAGCAGAGGCUCCAGAUGAGCCAGAAGGGACCGAGGGUCGUUUGCUACGUCACCUCGUGGUCGCUCUAUCGAAAGGGAGAGGGCAAGUUCGUCCCUGAACAUUUGGACACGAGACUCUGCACUGAUAUUAUCUACGCAUUUGCUGCGUUGAACCCUGAUACUUUGAUGAUUCAACCGUUUGACCCGUGGGCAGACGUAGAUAACGAUCUCUAUGGCAGAAUCACCGCGGCGAAUGGCCCCAGAGUCCUCCUGGCAGUCGGUGGCUGGACUGACAGCACUGGAGACAAGUAUUCGAGGCUGGUUCGCAGCCCAGAGGCUCGACAGAAGUUCAUAGCUACGACAAUCAACUACCUACACAUGAAUGACUUCGAUGGACUAUCUCUGGAGUGGAACUACCCGAAGUGCUGGCAGAGCGAUUGCAAGAAAGGCCCGGAUUCUGAUAGACCAAACUUUACGAAGCUUGUUCAGGAGAUAAGGGAGGCGUUUGAUCAGGCGAGUCCGCCCUUGACACUUGCUGUCGCUCUAUCCGGGUACAAGGAAGUCAUCGACAGGGCUUAUGAUGUCGUGGAGAUAUCUGAAGCUGUUGAGUUCAUUUCUGUGAUGACUUAUGACUAUCAUGGAGCUUGGGAGUCUAAGACUGGGCACUUGGCGCCUCUUUAUGAGAGGUGGGGGGACGAUAAUCCGUAUUAUAACAUCAAUUUUACGAUGCACUAUCUGAUGAGCCUCGGAGCCCAGAGGGAGAAACUUGUUCCAGGAGUUGCUUUCUAUGGACAAGCUUAUCGUCUAGCUUCAGCCUUUCAGCACAACUUAGGGGAUCCUGCGAGUGGCCCAGGUACUCCUGGUGAAUUCACCAAACAACCUGGUAUGCUUGCGUACUACGAAAUCUGUGACAACAUCAAGCGUCGUAAAUGGGACAUCGGCGAGGGCCCCAGUGCUCAUUUCAAGGAUCAGUUUGUAGCAUUCGACGAUGCAAAUAGUAUUUCUGAGAAAGGCUCUUGGAUAAUGCAGAAUGGCUUCGCUGGUGCAACUGCUUGGACAGUAGACUUGGAUGACUUCAUGAACAGAUGUUGUCUGGAACCAUUUCCACUCCUGCGAAGUCUCAACCGAGCACUAGGGCGUCUUCUGGACCCGGCACCGAUUGACGAGAACUGCGAACGCCCGUCAGAUCCAGCCACCCCUCAACCCCCCACCAUGACCACUCACAGCGAUGCCAACGACGGUGUACCCAGGCCUACGCAUUCUAUGACGUCGUCAACUACGACGAGGGCAACUACGUGGCCAACUUGGACGGAGAGACCCAGUAAAAAACCAACGACCACCGGAACUACUUGGCCGACGUGGACUUGGAGCACUGCAGGAACUACUAGCACUACAACUAUCAGAGCACCAACACGCUUGACAACAACAACAAAAAAACCCAUCGACACCGAUGAGUCUCCAGUCCCAGGUACACCUUGUACCACAGGUGAAUACGUGCCGGACCCACAUAACUGUGGUAACUAUCUCCGCUGUGUCCUCGGUGAGUUUCGACGUGAGUUUUGCACACCAGGUCUUCACUGGGAUGAGAAACGCGGACGUUGUGAUUGGCCGGCAACUGCUAAAUGUCAACAACUCACUGCAAGCGGAAGUACUCAGAAACCCUGGAUAUCUCAGAGACCAACAUACCAGAAACCGACAACCCCGUCACCAAGACCUCCAUCACGUCCGACGACCCCAAAACCAGUCCACGGCCCCGUCGUGGGACCAAAGGAGUGCGAGCACGGACAGUACUACCCGUAUCCUGAUUCCUGCACCCACUUCUUAAUUUGUGUGAAUAAUAAUCUUGUUAUUCAACAAUGCGGUCCUGGUUUGAAUUGGAACGACAAGAAGAGCAUGUGCGACUGGGCUUUCAAGAAUCCAUGCAAAGAUAAGCCGAAUAAGACUUCAGCCUUGAUCAUGAAGGACAAGACAAAAAAUGAGCCUUGCAUCCCCGGCAGUUUUAGCGAAGUCCCAGAAGACUGUGCAAGUUACCACGCCUGUCUAUGGGGUCGCCACGAGAAAUUUGCAUGCGCCCCAGGUCUCCAUUUCAACAAGCAGACCCACAUCUGCGACUGGCCAGCACGCGCCAAGUGCACAGAAGAACCCGUUUACACAGAAAAACCUCCAGUAGAUCCCUUCAUCCAUGUUACAACCACUCGUCGUCCUGUUAAGCCCACGAAAAAUCCGAUAACAACGACAACCCAGAACUGGAAUGAACCGUGGACCGAGAAGCCAAAGCCCCUUCCCCCGCCGAUAAUUGAUCCAUCAAAAGUAUCUCCCCUGUCAGGGCACUUCAAGGUUGUCUGCUACUUCACUAAUUGGGCUUGGUAUCGUCAGGGAGUGGGAAAGUAUCUCCCUGAAAAUAUCGAUCACACUCUCUGCACGCAUAUUGUUUAUGGAUUUGCUGUGCUGGAUUAUUCUGAACUGACCAUCAGGGCUCACGACUCCUGGGCCGAUUUUGACAAUCGAUUUUACGACAGGGUUGUGGCCUAUAAAGAAAGAGGGUUGAAGGUGCUGCUGGCUCUCGGAGGGUGGAACGAUUCGGCUGGGGAUAAGUACAGCCGAUUAGUUAAUUCGCCUGCUGCGAGGAAAAAAUUCAUCGAUCACGCUAUUAAAUUUAUUGACAAGUACAAGUUCGAUGGGUUAGACAUGGAUUGGGAGUAUCCAGUGUGCUGGCAGGUCGAAUGCAAGAAAGGACCGGCGUCCGACAAAGAAGGAUUUGCAUCACUUUUACGCGAACUGAGCGCCCAAUUCAAACCCAGAGGUCUCCUCCUCUCUUCAGCUGUAUCACCGAAUAAACUGGUGAUUGAUAAGGGCUACGAUGUGCCCACAUUGGCAAAGUACCUGGACUGGAUCGCAGUCAUGACUUACGAUUAUCAUGGGCAGUGGGACAAGAAGACAGGCCACGUGGCUCCCAUGUAUUACCAUGAGAACGAUGAUGCUUAUUUCUUCAAUGCUAAUUACUCCAUCAAUUAUUGGAUUUCCAAGGGUGCACCACCGAGGAGUAUUGUGAUGGGAAUGCCACUAUAUGGACAGGCGUUCUCGAUAAACGAUCCAGGUGCGGGAACAGGUCUGAAUUCCCCAGCAAGUGCUGGAACAGCCGGAGAAUUCACGAAAGCCGCGGGAUUCCUAGCAUAUUACGAGAUCUGUGACAGGGUCAGGAACCACGGCUGGAAGGUGUACCAGGAUCCCCAGAGGCGAAUGGGUCCUUACGCUCACAAGGGGAACCAGUGGGUGAGCUUCGACGACGCAGACAUGAUCCGUCAGAAGGCCCAGUACGUUCGUGACAUGGGUCUGGGAGGUGGAAUGGUAUGGGCCCUCGAUCUUGACGACUUCAAGGGCCGCUGCGGCCAGGGAGAACACCCCCUGAUGCAUACAUUGCAACAAGUCCUGGCGGAGCCGCCGACCAAGCACGACAGACCCAUAAGACCUCCUGCCUUUGGAGAGAGUCUAGAAUGGAUCUCAACUCCUCCCAAGAAGAUGUCUGCUGCACACCCGGGGAGUCAUGUUCAGAAGAAGGAGGAUGGAUUCAAGGUCGUCUGCUACUUCACCAAUUGGGCGUGGUACAGGCAGGAAGGGGGGAAGUACCUUCCUGAGGAUAUUGAUGCCGACUUGUGCACUCACGUGAUUUACGGCUUUGCCGUUCUCGAUGGAUCGACCAGUACCAUUAAACCCCACGACUCUUGGGCGGAUAUCGAUAAUAAGUUUUACGAACGAGUAGUCGCCUACAAAGCAAAGGGAAUCAAAGUAUUGAUUGGUAUCGGUGGCUGGAACGAUUCAGCUGGUGAUAAAUACAGCAGGCUGGUGAAUUCUCCGUCCGCAAGGUCACGUUUCGUCACUCAUGUGGUUCAAUUCAUAGAGAAGUAUGGAUUUGAAGGAUUAGAUUUAGAUUGGGAGUAUCCAGUGUGCUGGCAGGUCGAUUGCUCGAAGGGGCCAUCGUCAGAUAAACCGAACUUCACAGCAUUCGUUCGAGAACUCAGUGAGACGUUCAAACCCAAAGGACUCUUGCUCUCAACGGCAGUAUCACCUAGCAAACGAGUUAUAGACGCCGGCUACGAAGUCGCUGAAUUAUCGAAAUACUUCGACUGGAUUUCCGUGAUGACUUACGACUUCCAUGGCCAGUGGGACAAGAAAACCGGUCACGUAGCACCACUUUACGUGCGCAGUGAUGACUGGGAGCCAACAUUCAACGCCAACUUCUCGAUUAAUUACUGGAUCGAGAAGGGAGCACCACCCAGGAAGAUUGUUAUGGGAGCACCACUUUAUGGGCAAUCGUUUAGUCUUGCUGAGAGAAGUGAGAGGGGAUUGAAUGCUCCUACUUAUGGUGGUGGAGAGGCUGGUGAAGCUACUAGAGCUAGAGGAUUCUUGUCAUAUUACGAGAUCUGUGAGAGAAUAUUGAAGAAGGGAUGGUCGGUAAUUCAAGACCCUAACAGACGAAUUGGGCCCUACGCAUAUUCAGGGGAUCAGUGGGUGAGUUUUGACGAUGCAGAACAAAUAAAAUUGAAAGCAGAAUUCAUCAAAAAGAUGGGCCUCGGUGGAGGAAUGGUGUGGGCACUGGACCUGGAUGAUUUUAAAAAUCGCUGUGGGUGUGAACCGAGUCCUCUUCUACGAACUAUGAACAGAGUAUUGAGGAAUUAUCCCCCAGGACCGACGUGCUCUGUCACAGGGAGACCUCCAAUCAUUCCCCCAGAAGUUCCAACUCACCCCUUCACCCCUGCACACACUUCGACGUCUUCGCCAUCAACAGUGGGUCCAGACACAGAUGAUACAGUCGAAGUUGAAGCAGGCCCACCGCCUCCAGCUGCCAUACCCAUCGGUGAGUGCCAGGGAAGACUCUUCAUGCCCCACAAGUCUGACUGCUCCAAGUAUUUAAUAUGCAAUUUUGGACAAAUCCAAGAGUUGUCAUGUCCCAGUGGUCUCCAUUGGAACAGCGAUCGUUGUGACUGGCCGGAGAACAGCAAGUGUAAGAAGAAUCUUGGAUUAGGAAAUUCUAUUGAAUUGACCAAUUAUUUGAGAUAAGUUUAGAUGAGGCCAUCGAUUCAAGGAGAAACGUUUUGAUAUUUAAAAAUUCUGUGAUGAAAGGUUUUUCACGGAAGAGGCUGUCAAGGAAAUUGAGCAGCCAGAAUACUCCUCUUUUUCAAAAUUAUCGUUUUCAACUCUCCAACUUGAAUAAAUGUGGUUGUAAGUGAUUGCAGUGAAAAUAUUUCACGAAUAAUUCUAUAAUUACAGAAUUUUUCAACAUCGAAGUGCACCUCCCCUCAAUUUUUAGCUUUGAAACUCUUCCGGCUGACAUGAUUAUUAAAUAGAUCACCGAUCAUAAUUAUUAUGUCAUCUGUGAAGACAAUGAAAGUACUCCGUAAUUAUGUAUCUUUUUUUAUCACUAUAAACUGAAUAAAGCUUGAUAAUUUUUUACAUAAAAA